GGACAACUUGGUGUGAGAUAAUUUAUUGCAAUCGAGACAGAAAAUAAGUACAUGGAAUAGAACGUGGGGGCCAGUCCUUCCCAUCCACAAAUAUUAAACAAUAAGAAAACAUAAACCCAAUAACUCAUAAACCUCAAGAGUCAAGAGAAAAGUAGUAAACAAACAAACAAAAGCCGGUGCUGAAACAGAGGCAUGAGAGGAACAGGGGAGAGAGAGAAACAGAGGAGAUGAUAAGAUGAGCGUAUGAUGGGUGGGAGAGCAUAGGUCCACCACUCCACCCCAUCUAGAACAGCUUGACUUUUUGAGACCCUCCCCAAUGAAUAAUUCAUUAUAUUUCUCUGCAAAAUGGAAUUCUCAAUUUGCAUUUUCGAUUGCUUCUCUUUAAAUGAAAGCGACCCAGAAAAGCAGAGACCCUUCACAGGGUCGGUGACGACAAUGGCUUCUCAACCUCUUCUUUUCUCCCCCAGUUCCUCCUUUUCCUCCACAACCCCUUGUUCUCCCUCUUCCUCUUCCCUCACUUUCCCCUCCCAAGGACCCAUGCCGAGACGGAACGCUCUUGGUCAUGAGCUUUGGGGAAAUUUCAAUGGUGGAGGGAUUCGAUUCGGGACGGAAACGAAGUCGGAGGACGAUUCGGGCGUCUGCUCGCCGCCGUUGUGGAAGACCAGCCGCUCCCCGAGUCCGAAAUCCGGGAAUUCGCCGCCGCAUCCCCACCAGCACCGCAAACGGAGUCUGUCACCGGCGUCGCGGACUCAGGCCAUCGCCAGAGGCCGAAGGGAGCUCAUGGAUUUGGUUAGGAACAUGCCCGAGUCUUCGUACGAGCUGUCUUUGAAGGAUCUCGUCGAGCAGGCGCCGGUGGAAGUCCGACGACAGAGUCCCGGUGAGGAGACGAAAUUGAGAAACGAGGGUUUGGGUUCGGGGAAGAAGAAGAAGAGCGAGAAGGCGCCGCAGAUGAAGAGGAGCGGGAGCAUUGACAAUGGAGGGUUUCUUCUGAAGAUGGUUUUUCCGAUAAAAUUGGGAUCGAAGAAGAGGAGGAAGAAGAAGAAUUCGGCGACGAAUACAUGUGCCAAGGUUUCUCCGAAGCCGCAGGCGUCGGAUGGAUCUGGGAAAGGUGGAGAUAAGGAGUGGUGGAAGAACAGAUCCGGCGAGAGCAGCGGCGGAAGAAGCGGCAGCGCCAACAGCGGAAGCACCAGAAGCAGCGGCAGCAGCAGCAGAAGCAGCAGUAGCAGCAGCGUUAACAGGCAUGUGAGUGGAUUCUUGCCUAGCUGCUGGUCUUUCCUCCGCACCAGGAAAACCAAAAAAGCAGGAGAGAAUAGUCAUGGCAGCUUAAAGACUCCAUCGGAGCUUCCAUCACUGUAGCUGCUCCUUUGCUUUGCAGACUGAACACGAUAUCUUACAUAUGUUCUUGUUCUUGUAAUUAGUAUUUUAAUAAUAUGUAGGUAUGAGAUUAUCUUUUUUCUUUUUUGUAAGGGCUGGUGGGUGGUAAGUGAAUACAUGAGAUCUUCACACUGCAGAAACUACAGGGCAGCAUCUGUAUAUACAGAACAAAGUUUCCAACAAUUCUGUAAUUUUCGUUUGGUUCAAUUUGUUCCAUUUUCUUCA